UAAGCAAAGUUCAGAAGAAAUUUCAUAUAGCUAGACGGCGUUUCUUCGUCGUCAGCUGUAAUAAUCUAACGUAGAGGGGGGAACAGGCGAUGUUGACAUGCGAUAAAAUCAAUCUAAUUAAUAUUAAUGGAUUAUGGCUGACAGAGAGAAAAAAUACAAAAAUAUUUUGUUAAACGGUUGCUUCGAACAGAACUUGUCCGACCUAUUGCGUUCAACAUGGCGGUAUAUUAGUUGGUUGGUUCUCGAAAAGUCUCGCUUAUCAUGUAUUUUGUCGGCUUCUCGUGCACUUCUUCAUUUGUCUUUUGCAGAGAUUUACAAGAUCGGUAAGGUCGUCGUCUAUUAAAUGCAGAAAAUUUUAAUUAUUAUGAAAAGAAACGCGCGUACGAGGAACCUGGAAGUCGAUUAGGCAACGAGCGACUAUACUCGAGCUCGAUUGAUUUAGCAGUUAUUUCUUCCAAUUAUCUAUAUUUUCUUCAAAUAAAAUGGGACUAGAUGCACGUUUUUAAUCAUCGGUGAACGAUUUUCAAAACACUUUCUACGAUAAGAUAUAAUUCGACAGAUCGACGACGUUCAAGAAAGAUUUAUAAAAAUCAUCUAUUACACAAGUGUUUCAUUUUGACUUUGAAGAAAGUUACUAUUUGUGUGAACAGUGAAAAUACGAACAUUUUGGCAUAGCAUGUUAUAUGUUUAAACGAGCAUAUAAGAUAUUAAAGUUUUUCCAACUUUUUCAAUGCUCUGAAAUAAGGAGGAAUUUGACAAGAGAGAAAAAAAAAAAGACGAUUUCAUUGGGGUAUAUUCUUUGUUCAUAACGCAUAGAACUGUAUCAUAAAUAAGUAAAGGGAAAAAAAAGGCAAAGGAAUAAUCCUGUGACGAAAAAAAAAAGAAAAAAAGAAAAAAUCAGCAAGCAAAUGUUUGCAACUAAUAUAAGAGAAAUAAAUAAUUGUAAAAGACGAAUAUAUUGUCAUUAGAUGUGACAGAUAUAAGUUCCACGAGACUGCUCUUAUAUUUAAUAAUACUUAAAUACAUAAAGUGUGAUAUAAUCAAUCCUUGUGUUCUUAGAAAUAAGGAAACAUAAUUAUCGUGUUUUUAAACAUUCUAGAAAGGAUAAAAAAAGUUUGAGAAUAGUAAUUCUCUUUACAGAUCAUAUAGGUAUUAUUAAAUAAUUUAUAAAUAAUGGCUGAAACACAAAGAAUGACUGUUUAUGGAAGGCAUCCACCGUGUGCAAGUGGAACUAGAUUGGAAGAACGUCGUGCUAGACGAUUAGCUUUACGACUAGAAAGAAACAGGAAACCAGAUAAACCUGAAGAUUUUGUAUGUUAUGAAUCGAGCGACGAUGAAAGUGAAACCAUCACAGAAGGUAGACAGUUUCUAAGAACGUCUUUUAAUUUUGUGGACUAUGUACGUGCACGAGAAACCAAUACUAAGGAAGUACGAAAAAUUAAUCAGGAAUAUGGCUCGAGACAUAUACUAACACAUGACCUAUUCAAAGAAUACUCAGUUAGCUUAAAUAACAUGAAUAAAGUAUUUUGUUCGCAAUGGUUGAGCGAUAGACAAGUCGUCUUUGGUACAAAAUGUAAUAAACUGAUGGUUUAUGAUGUAGCAACACAGAAAUUAGAUCAAAUACCUUCUCUUCAUGGAAGGCAGUUAAAUCCAGGUGGAGGUCCUCUUCCUGAACAGCAAUGUGGUAUACACUCUGUUCAAAUUAAUCCUUCUAGGACUCUUCUGUCUACUGGAGCCAGAAACAGCAAUGAAAUAGCAAUAUAUAGAUUGCCAACUUUGGAUCCUGUUUGCGUCGGGGAAUCUGGUCACAGAGAUUGGGUUUUUGAUAUGUGUUGGCUAGAUGAUGAAUUUUUAGUGUCUGGCUCUAGAGAUACAAAAAUGGCUUUAUGGCGGAUUGAUAGCGAUCUGGCUGAAGCACCUGAUAAAGCAGAUGUGCCUACACACAGAUUAAUUCAACCUUUAUGCGUGAAGGAAUGUAGAUCAGCUCAGAAGGUUCGAGCACUUGCUUUUAAUAAAGCAUAUAACGAGAUAGCUGCCCUAUCUUUAAAUAGUUUCAUACAUAUCUGGUCUGCUGAUACCUUUAAACAAAAAAUAUCACGGAAGUUACCAGCUUGUCAAGAAAAUGUUUGCUUAGCUGUACAAGAUGAUGGUGUUUACGCGGUUGGUUGUCGUUCUUAUACUUUAUUAUUAGAUGCAAGAACUUUACAGCCAAUUAAAAAGAUACCCUCGAGAUAUAGUGGCUGUGGUAUUCGAUCGGCUAGUUUUCAAGGGUCAGUUUUAACAAUUGGGACAGGACUUGGAAUGCUUAUGUUCUAUGAUGUCAGAGCUCAGAAAUACCUUGAAUCAUCUAUCAAUUCUAAUAGGACUGUCGUAUUGAAGGCCUCAAAAGGAUAUGUAUUUCCAGAUGAGGAAUAUAUAGAUGGUUUCCAAAAUGUUAAAUAUACACCAGCUAUCUAUACCCAUUGUUAUGAUGCAUCAGGUACACGAUUAUUUACUGCUGGUGGACCACUUCCCGCAAAUUUGUAUGGAAAUUAUGCAGGAUUGUGGCAAUGAAAAUAUAUGAGGAUUUAAUGAAAUAAACUAGAUUAUCAUUCGACUUUAUUAAUAUAAAAAUAAAUAUGACAAAUUUCAUAUUUAUAACAUGGUGGGUGCAUUACGAUAUCAAGAUAUUGAAAUAAAAUGGGAAGAUAAGUGAGAGAAAUGAAAAGGAGAUGACUGAUUCUUUAAGCUUUCUUCUGCCAUAUAUAUUAUGCGUAAUUGGAUAAAUAUCUUCAUACUCGCUUAUCUACUCAUACAUUUUAUCAAGUAAACAAGAUUUUAUUAAUAUAGUUAGGAAUAUAUCUGAACGCAAUGUCCUUAUAGACCUUUAUUAAUGUUGUUUGUACUGCAAUUGGCUGAGAUAUUAUACUGUAAGCACUUAUUAUACUGCACUAGCUCUUUAUUAAACUAAAGUAAAAUUAUAACCUAUCGAUUUUUCAUCGUGCAGCUAGAUAACAAGUAAUUUAGGCCUGGAUUGGUCAUAUUUGCUCCUAUUGUAUGACUAUCGAUGAGUAAUAUGAAGUUGAUCAUACACGAUACGAAGAAACAUCCAAACAUUCGCACAUCUUUUUGCACAAUAAUAAAUGUCGAAUGUUCCUACGCAUCGAUCAUAAUAUAAUCAACUUCAAACUCAUUAUACUAGCUCAAAGUAAUAUCUUGAGGGCGGGGGGGGGGACGGGGGUCGAUAGAUUUUGAUUCUAUGACUAAUACAAGUUUAGAUUAAUAAAGCAUGUGUUUUGUAUUGUAUAUAAAGAAACAAAAUUAAAAUCAUGAUUAUAAGUUAAAUAUUUAUUAAUUUUUGUCAUAUAUCAAUAUUAUUAUAUGUUCAUUGAGAUACAAAUGGAAACUUAUAUCUAUAGUAUUUGUCAACGAAUAACAAUGACAAUGAAUACAUGUAUAAAAUUUUAAGUACAAUUUAUUCGGCUAAAACCUCAAUGUUGGCCUUAAAGUAAUACAUACAAUGAAGUUUUGUUACAAAAAUGGAUAUAUCAGUGUAAUUGUAUUAUUACAUCUUUAAUGCUAAUUACAGACCAAUAAUUAUUAUUUCCAUAAUAUAAAUCUUUAGAUUCUCUCUCUUUCUCUCUCUCUCUCUCUCUCUCUCUCUCUCUUUCUCUCUUUCUGUCUCUUUCUCUUUCUCUUUCUCUCUUAUAAUUGUCUUAUAAAAUAAGCUUGAGAACUAUUACUCCAUAUUUAUAUGUAAUAUGAUUUAAUUGAUACACACCAGAGUAAUAAAACCUUUUCCAUAUGCUGAGUAUAUCUUAUGUAAUCUUAGUAAGUUUAUCAUCAAUUAAGCAAAUUGAUUUUUUACCGCAUAAUGAAAAUAAUAUACAUUGGAUAAAUAUAAAAAUUAUGGUAUACAUAUGCUAUAAAUUAAGUUUCAAUUUUGUUUUCACGUUAGCAUUAUUGACAAAAUAUAUAUUAAAACACGAACGCUUUAUUAUUAUAUUAUUAUUAUUAUUAUUAUUAUUAUUAUUAUUAUCAUCAUUAUUUCGUUUUACGUAAUUUAUGUAUUUUUACCUUAAUAUCUUUUUGUUUAAGAAAAAACAAGUUGAUUUUAUCCAUUUGUAAAUUUAUGGUAAUCAUUAUUCGCUGACAUUUUGUUAAAUUUAUUUUAGUCAUAAAAAUGAUAUUUCUUUAUGUUAUAUUUAAUUAUUAUUUCGUUGUAAUUAUUUGUUUUCAUGCAUUUAUGAAAAUAAAAAAUUAUAAUGUGUUUGAUUAUCGUAUACGUCAUAUUGUAAUACAACAAAUACGAAAUUGGAUUUUUCAAAUAUCAUUUUAAAUAUGAUAUAUUUAUGUAGUAUAAAACAGUUCUCCACCUUUUUCGAUCGUAUGUGACUUUAGCGACAUAUGUGAUCGCAUAUGUGACUUUAGCGACAGUUAUGGACAAAAUAUGAACUACAAGUAUAAUAGGGAAAUACCAUCCCCACUACGCAUCUGUUUUAUCGGUGUAUAAGCUUGUGGAAGUUAUAUACUCUAUUAACUCCCAUUAAAAAUCGGAUUAACGUGAAAUCGCGCGUUUGAUAAAAGCAAGAAAAAACCAUAUACUAUAUUAUAAUUUUCUGAAAAUAGACUAAUAGAAAAGUAUUUGUUAAUUGUAGAAAGUUUUUAUAUUUUUGAAUUUCUUUUUAAUUAUUUGUACUAAUAGUUAAAACGUAUUUAAGUAGCCAUUAGUUAGAUAUCAUUCGCGAUAGAAUAGAUAUCAUAUAAAAGAGAUAAUAAUAACAACGAUAGAUAGAAAUUAUUUUAAUGCAUAUAUAAUGGCGUACGUAAAUAGAAUAGAAGAUAUAGUAUUUAAUCUGAUAAGUAUAAAUGAGAACAAGUGAGGAAUAAAUCGAAUUUUUCAAUGAGUUUCUCUAAGAAAUUAUUUUAGAAUUUUGCCAUAUCUAAUAUAUUUAUCUGUUGAAAUAUUAUUAGCAACGUAAAGUGUUAAUACUUUAAUGAUCUUUAGGUUGAAUUAGAUCGAAAAUGUACAACCAUUCGCCCGAUAGUAUUUGCUUUCAAAUUAGAUUUCGAUAUAUCGUAAAUAGUAAAGAUCCAAAUCUCACCACGUGGAGGUUGCUGCAUUUGAAGACCUACGAUGAGGUUGACGAUGAUUCUACUCUAAAAUUCACGAUAUCGGAAUGACAAUGCCAUUUAUAGAGAAUUCAAGCUACCAACGCUAUCUGUAAGAGGAUCAGUCCUCGCUUAUGAAUAACAGGACCGAAUUUCGAACAAUAAAACGAAGUCCAUGGUAGUCCAUUUAGUCGGAUCCAUGAAUAUCCACAUCUGGUGUCCACUAACGCGGACACGGAUGUUCUUUUUAUUCUAUUCUUACAAAAGAAAGGAGACAUUUCCUUUCUUUAUAUAAUGCGGAAAGAUUUCGUAAGCUUCCGUCUAAAUAUGUAAUCUCACGAUUACAAAUUGCGAGCCUCUAAACGAAAUAUCGGAUGUCCGCGUCGAUAUCGGAUAUCCUUGUUGCUUAAUCACUCAAUUGCAGAUAAAUCCAUCCUUCGAUGAUUCAGCCUGAAGAAGAAGAAGAAGAAGAAAAGAAAGAAAAGAAAAAGAAGAAUAGUAGAAAAAGAAGAGCAAUAAAGAGAAGAAAUAAGUUAGUCGUGAAAGAGGAGUAAGAAAAGAAUAGUUAGAGGAAAA